AUGGCUUCAGCAGAACAACUCCACCAGCAGCUGCACCCCGGCUUUCCACACGUACAUCACCAUCGAACGCUCAAAGAGACUCUGGAAGGCGACGACAAGACCACUAGCGCCGAAUCUGUGUCUUCCUCUCGCUCUGGCUCUCCUUCACCCAACGAAGAUGGCCAGCAUGCUUCUGCGAAAGAAAACGGUGAUGGUGCACCCAAGACCAACGGCGAUGCAGAACCCUCUUCCUCAUCCUCAGGCCCCAGGGGAUCAGCCUACAAGAUCAAGCUUCAUUGUCGAUCCUUUGACCCCAUAGCUGACUCUCAAACACUUCCUCCAGACGAAUUACCAUCGCAUUGGCAAUCGCAGCAACAGGAGGAGGAGGAGAACGAAAAGGAAGAAUCACACAUGCUGCAUCGCCUAACAUUCGUCAAUCCGUGGGAGCAUAGCUUCCGUAAACCUAGUAUCAAAACUGUCUUGAACGGCGGAUUGAAAUGGGGUCUACCGGAUAGCUAUAUUGAAGGAUCAGGCAAAAAAUUCGUACGUGCGAGUGGGUUCAAGUCGAACAAGAAGAUUGCGAGGGAGCUGGAAGGGGCAAAGGCAGAUUUAGGGGAAGGAUGGGAUAACGUAGAAGUUGUGGAUCCUGAUUGGGGGUGGCCUGCUUCUGGCCUCAAGAAAGAAGUUGAUCAUAUUCGACAGAAAGAUGAUACGCAGCCAGAAAGCAAAAUGAAUGAAAGCGAUGCUGACGAUAAGGCGAAAGAGAAGAGUGUGAAAGAAUGGCAAGAUCCAACGAAUCCAGAUAAGGUCGCUGAUAGGGUGACUUGGCUGGGUCAUGCAUCUACUUUGCUUCAGCUUCCGCCGCUUUCCACUAGCACAACGAGUGCGAGUGGAGGAGGAGAAGAUGUGACUUCGAGAUCGAUCAACAUUUUGUUCGAUCCGAUCUUUUCAGAACGUUGUUCACCUUCGCAAUCAGCCGGACCACAACGGUUUACACCAGCUCCUUGCUCUGUUGACGACCUACCACCGAUCGAUUUCGUCAUUAUUUCGCACUCGCAUUACGAUCAUUUGGACUACCAUACGUUCCGUCAGCUAAGACACCAUCGGGGCGACAAGAUCCACGCGAUUGUUCCGUUAGGAGUCAAAGAUAAGCUCACCGGAAGCGGCGGGCUUGGAUGGCACAAAGACCAAGUCUCGGAGCUGGAUUGGUGGGACAAUGCCUCGCUCACCAUCCCUUCCUCUUCAGGAGAUAGUGGAGAGCUCAAGAUUUUUUGUACACCAGCACAGCACGGCAGCGGCCGUGGAGCAGGAGACAAAGACGCCACCCUCUGGGCAAGCUGGGUUGUUCAAUGGCAGUCUUCUUCCUCAAGUGGGGAGAAGAAGAGAUUCAGCGCAUUCUUCGCUGGAGACACCGGACUCAAAUUCCACCCUGACAGUCCUCAUAAACGCAGCAAGUACCCUGCAUGUCCUGCUUUUGCAGAUAUUGCAAAGAAAUUUGCACUUUUCGAUCUUCUCCUUCUGCCUAUCUCGGUCGGUUCUUCGCUGAGCUACUUCAGAUCCUGGGAUCCUUUCCCUCGUGCUUUCUCGCCUUUCCCGCGGGUAGCGAGCACGUUGACAUCGAGUAUUCACAUGGAUCCAUAUGAUGCAGUCGAGUGUCAUGGUAUCUUCAACAAGAACGGAGCCAAGAAGGGUGGGAAGGGAAUGGUGAGUAUGGCAGUGCAUUAUGGCACCUUCGUACGGAACGAAGAGCAAACGAAGGCAGAUGUGAGAGAGUUGAAGAAAGCUUGUAGUAUGCAGAAGCUGAAAUUCCGACGAGUAAAGGAUGGGAGUGAUUUGAUAAAGGGAGAAGAAGAGGAGAAAGAGGAGGGAGCCGAAGAUGUGUUCUUAGUCGCUGAUCAGGGUAAGACUGUUUGGCUUCCCAUUCGCUCCAGCUCUUAG